GGUUAGUUUUUUUUUUUUUUUCUAAACAUAUCGCAAAGGUUGUUCUUUUUUUGGCUCGUUAGUGAAUCUUCCUUCUCCACUUCCGUUUUCUGCAAAUUAUCCUCGCGUUCUUCAAAAUCUCUCCUCUAUUUUCUCCGACAUUUUCUCAUAUUUUCUUUCAUUUUCUCUUUCCUUCUCCGUUCCAUUUUCUCUCUGCCCAAACAUGACCUCACCAUCUAUGAAGUCCCUUGGUUCUCUUCCUCCUUCGAUUGUUCCUCCUCGCACCAGACCCACGAGGGAGGCUUCGUUCCAUCCCAGAAAUCCCAGAUUCUCUCUGAAAUCUCCGAGAUUCACGAGUCUGAAUUUUGGGUCGAACCCUGUCUCUCGAAUGCGCGAAUUCUCCGUGAAUUCAUCGCCGGCGACGGUGAUGGAGACGGAGACACCGGUGAGCCCCGCCGUCGUAUCGACGGCGGACAAGCUCCGCCUCUUGGCGUCCGAGUUCCGAUCCCUGUCGGAGCCGAUCGAGCGCGUAAAACGCCUCCUGCUCUACGCGGCGGCUCUGUCUCCGCUGGACGAGUCGGCCCGGAUUCCGGCGAACCGAGUCACGGGCUGCACGACUCAGGUGUGGUUAGACGUUGAGAUCGACGAGUUGGGGAAGAUGAGGUUCAGAGCCGACAGCGACUCAGAAAUCUCAAAAGGGUUCUGUUCCUGUCUCAUUUGGAUCCUCGACGGCGCGACGGCGGAGGAAGUAAUCGCGGUAAGGUCAGACGAUUUGUCGGAGAUGAACGUCGGCGUUCACGGGAAGGCCCAAUCAAGGGUCAACACGUGGCACAACGUUUUGAUCGCUAUGCAGAAGCGGACGCUGGCGGCGGCGCGUCUGCGGUCGUUUCGUCAUCCUCUGGCGCCGCUGCUAGUGUCCGCCGGCGGUGCGUUUGUGAAGGGAGAUGUAUCUGACUACUCCACGCUUCCUCUGUAUUAUGAUUAUACUAUUUAAGGGUGUUUACAUGAUUUGGAAUGUAAAAUGGUGAAUAAUUUUUAUUUUAUUUUAUUUUGGUACAUGAACCCAAAUCUUGGUUCCUGUAUCUUUGUUGUCGAUCCUAGGACGGAAAAUUUUAAUUUUCUUGUCCGAGGAAUCGCAGUGUUUGUGAAAAUCACUGUCGAGAAUUCUAUUCGAUGUAUGAAUGUGAACUUAUGAAGUAUAGAUGCCCUAAUAAUUAGGGUGGCUAACCAUUUCUUAUUUCA